AUGGAACCAACCAUAUCAAGCUAUCCACCUCUUGGACAGGUCACUCAGUUCAAAGACAAUACGUUCCAACUUCUUGCUCUAUUAGAAGUAGACAGUAGCUGUGCGGAAGAUCCUUGGGAGGUUGCCGUCUGGUAUUCUUCUUCCGGUGCCGACUGGACGGAGAAGCUAUUAUCACCCAUUUCCGUCAACAAUUCUCCCUCAGCACUUCAAACUGUUAGACAUUCGCAUACUCUUCUGUACUUUGGAACGCCGUUUAUUGUAUCAUCAUCCCUAAAAUUCACUUUGAAGUUUCGCAAUGGCCGUAAUCAACCUUGGAGGUGGUCUCGCAAAGUCUCAGGGAUAUACGAUGGGAUCGUCUUGAUUAGCCCAACAUCCCCAAAUAAUGAAAUGGACACGAAUCUCUCUAAAAUAAUUCACGGGCUUAAUCCUGAGCUAACGGUCACGGCUGCAGAGAGUCAAACCCCCAAUACCCAAAUCUGGACUGUAAGCGCAAGCGUGGAUCCGGCCGGUGAUGACCGUUCUGCAUACGCCGAUGUGGAGCUCGGGACUCCGUGGGGUGGUGCUCUGCGAUAUUUUGCUCUAGUUCGGCACGGGUCGCCCUGGCUAGGUCCUAGACACGGUAGAAAGUCAUUUAAAUUAGACAAGGAUGCUGUGAUUUGCUCCUUUCUAAGUCAUCAAGGAAAGCAUCUUGUCCUGCUAGCAGUUAGUGGAGUUGGCGAUGUAAGCACGCUCCUCCGCAGCUCAGAUACAGGUUCCGUAAGGUUGCAUAUACGAAGUGACAACGAAGCUCAAUCAACUGGUCUGGUUUUGGCUUCUGUUGGCGAUGAUUUUGAGAGUGCGGUAGCAGCCGUCAUGUACCACGCUCGAGCCGUUAUCGUCGCCACAGGAAAUAACAAAGAUGAGUUUACUAAGGAGAUCCAGAGCUUGACGAGUGACAUCAAGCCGGAAUGGUAUGAAAAUUGGUAUGAUGGAUUGGGAUACUGUACUUGGAAUGCUCUGGGUCAACAUCUGACAGAUGAGAAAAUAAUACAUGCCGUCGGAGCACUAGCAAAAGACGGUAUCAAUAUCAGCAGCCUCAUCAUAGACGAUAACUGGCAAGAUAUUGAUUACCAGGGCCAAGAUCAAUACCAACAUGGUUGGAAGGGAUUCGAAGCUGAGCCAAACGCGUUCCCCAACGGGCUCAAAGACACAGUAUCGCUCAUCCGCUCCAAGCAUCCAAGUAUCCAACACGUCGCCGUCUGGCAUGCUUUACUUGGUUACUGGGGAGGGAUUUCAAGCACUGGUGACCUCGCCCAGACUUAUAAGACAGUACAAAUUGAUCGUGCUGAUUCCAACCUCAACAGUCCCAUGACUGUUAUCGCAAAAGAAGACGUCGGUAAAUUUUAUAACGACUUUUAUCACUUCUUAUCAGACUGUGGGAUCGAUGGCGUCAAAACGGACGUGCAGUAUAUGAUAGAUACCUGGGUCUCGGCUAAACAGCGUCGAGAGCUUACCGAGACAUACCUUGAUAGUUGGAUAAUAUCGGCCUUGAGGUAUUUCAGCAUUAAAGCCAUAUCGUGUAUGUCGCAAGCGCCGCAACUCUUAUUCCUUCAGCAACUGCCGCACAACAGACCAGCUAUGCUCGCGCGUAACUCUGACGACUUCUAUCCCGACAUCCCGGAUUCACAUCCAUGGCAUCUCUUCGCGAACGCCCAUAACGCCUUGCUUACCCAGCAUCUAAACAUCUUACCAGAUUGGGAUAUGUUUCAGACUGAUCAUGAGUUUGCGGGUUUCCACGCUGCUGCGCGGUGUCUCAGUGGUGGGCCGAUCUAUAUAACCGAUGCUCCUGGAAAACACAAUAUCGAUCUCAUUGCUGAGAUGACAGGACCAACGCCUCGAGGUAAGACCGUCAUUUUCAGACCGAGCGUAGUGGGUAGAAGCAUCGACGCGUAUACUAGUUACGAUGAGCCUGCAAUCCUCAAAAUUGGGAGUUACCACGGCCGAGCUGUGACUGGGACACCGCUACUAGGCGUCUUCAACAUAUCGCGGCGGGCAAUAAGGGAGCUCAUCCCUCUCACGAGUUUUCCGGGCGUGUCUUCGUCAAAUCCAUACAUCGUGCGUGCUCACCGCAGUGGUCUCGUAACAUCCGUUGUAGAACCCGGCUCUGCUGCCGCCAUCCUUGCGGUAUCGUUAGACGUCCGGGACUACGACAUUUUUACCGCCUUCCCCAUAACACAGUUUGACAGCGAGACUAACGGUAGGAUUCACUUCGCAAAUUUAGGCCUUGUUGGGAAGAUGACGGGUGCCGCCGCUAUCACCACAAGCCAGUCUGAGCUACUACAUACCGGCAGGGUAUUCUUGGACACACGGCUCAAAGCCUUGGGAAUUCUUGGGGUGUAUAUCUCAAGUCUCCCUGACAUGUCGAUCGAACGGGAUUUCAUGGUUACUGUUCAAGGUCAACCAAUUCCGCCUCAUACAGUUACUGUUAAUAAGACCGACAGCCAUGUGUUGGAAAUUGAUAUCGAAACGGCGUGGAAUGAGAUGGGUCUAACAGCUGGUUGGAGCAAUGAAGUCGAAGUCAAGGUUUACUUCGAUAUCGAACAUCCCUGA